UUCGCGCUUCACAGAAUGGCCAAAACUUUUAGGGUUUGCGUUUUGCGAUUUGCGUUUUGAAAGAUGAUCGAAGUGGUGUUGAACGAUCGAUUGGGGAAGAAGGUGAAAGUGAAGUGCAAUGAAGAUGAUACUAUUGGUGAUUUGAAGAAGCUGGUUGCUGCACAAACUGGUACCCGUGCUGAUAAGAUUCGUAUUCAGAAGUGGUACAAUGUCUACAAAGACCAUAUUACCCUCAAGGAUUACGAGAUUCAUGAUGGAAUGGGACUUGAGCUUUACUACAACUAGAAGAAUAGUAGGUUUAUCAUGUGAUGGAAAUACACUGGUGGACUAUCUCGGGUGCCAUGUUUUAAAUAAAGAUUGAUUGUUGGUUUGUAAUGUAAAGUAUGACAUGUUUAAUCAACUCGAAGGGAAAUGCUCAGCUUUGUGAAUUUUGUGACUGAUUGAUAUUUUGCCUUGUAGUACAAGGGUUUAUAUAUGUGCUCUCAGAUUUUCUUAUCAA